AUGCCACGGUUAGAGUCUCAUUGUGGGCAUAGUAAAUUUGUGUAUGAUGAGUUCCAGUAUGUUUCUAUCAAAAAAACUUUAUUUAAUUUGUUACAGAAUGAGGCUUAUGUAAAAGCAUUUCUGGAGAAAAAGUGUAGACCUGGUGUAUUAACCAGUUUUUCAGAUGGAAUUCGUUUCAAAGAGCGUUACCUCUUUAGUGAUGUAUCUAAAAUUUCCCUAAUGAUCCAAUUGUUUUAUGAUGGUUUAGGUGUAACCAAUCCGUUGAGAAGUCAAGGCUCUGUUCAUAACGUUGAUGUUUUUUAUUACACUAUAAAAAAUCUUCCUCACGCAUUUAACUCUUGUUUCGGCAAUGUGCACUUGUUAGCCAUUGGUUACACUCAUGAUAUUGCAGUUUAUGGUCAUGGGCCAAUUUUAAGCAAAUUUGUUAAAGAGAUACAGGAGUUAAGCACUAUUGGAUUACAAGGAGUAUUUCCAGUUUUAGGUGCUUGUACAAUUUAUGCAAGUCUUUGCCAAGUUACUUGUGAUAACUUGGCUCUCAAUGGCUUGCUUGGAUUUAUUGAGUCUUUCUCUGGCAGUCAUUUUUGUACAAUUUGCUAUGCAACAAAAAAUGAUGUUCAAAUUAAAUUUGAGGAUGAUCUGUUUGAGAUGCGUACUGUGCAUAGCUAUAAAACGGAUCUGAUUAAUUUAGUAGCAAAAAGGACAAGUGUUGUGCUUGUAGAGUUAGGGUGUAUUUUUCAUGGUUUGUGCAUAUUAGAUAAGUGCAUAACUCUAUCAGAUAUAAAUAAAGCUAUUUCUUUAUUAUGGGGAAAAAUAACUAUUGAAAAAACUCACAAACCCGCGGAAAUUUUCAAAAUACAAGAACCAGGGCAUGUACUUACACCCUUUAUGAAAGCAGUACAAUGGUGGGCUCUGCUCAAGUAUUUACCAGUGGCUGUAGGAAAAAUGGUCCCUCUAAAGAAUAAAAACUGGAAAUUUCUACUUCGCUUGUCUCAUUUAAUUUUUGCACCAUGUUUUAAACAUGAAAUGGUUGUUUAUAUGAAGCAUGUUAUUAGUGAUCAUUUAUCUAUGUUUAGCAAGUUAUACUGCAGCGAUGAAGUAAGGCUACGUCCAAAGCAUCAUUUUCUUGUGCAUUUGCCCAAUAUUAUAAUCAAGUCUGGUCCACUUGUUAGCAUGAGUUGUAUGCCAUACGAACUGAAAAAUUCAUUUUUUAAAAGGUGUGCACAUAUCGUAUGCAACUUUACCAAUAUUUGUCACACUCUAGCACAUAGACAUCAGCAACAGGCUUUAGAGUCACAGCUCUCUAACAAACACAUUCGUAAAAUUGUCACAGUGGUAAAAUAUAAUAUUGAAUCUACUUAUUCGCUUCCUUUUUAUAACGCUAUGCAAAAUAUACUGUGUUUUAAGUCAUGUGAUGAAAUUGCUAUUGCAAAAACAUUGCAUGCAGGAAGCGUUGAAUACAAACAAGGACAUUUCAUUGCAAUUAACAUAGAUAUGGAGACUGGCUUGCCAAACUUUGGAAAAAUUGUAUGCUUCAUUUCAAGCACAAAUAACAAUCCAAUUAAUGUGCUCAAAGGAGAGAAGUGGCAUUUUGUCUUAGAAAUUGCGAAAACAAGCAAUUUUACUUAUCACCUUCAUUCUUAUGAAGUAAUAUUUAUUUCUCAACCAGAGUAUCAGAUUUUCCAGCUUUCUAAUUUUGUUGAUUAUCAUCCACUUUUUUGUCAUAGUUUGCUUGCGACUACUGAAAAGAAGAACUUUGUUCGAUUGCCCUAUCAUGUUUUUUAA